AUGGAUGCACUUCAGGCACAAGUGGCCGAGUUGGAGCAAAAAUAUGCGGAUCUCAUGGCACAAGCACAGGCCCGGGUUCAGGCGAGUGACACACCGUCAAAGCAGGCUCCAACGAGUAGCAUCGUCUUCAGCAACUCCAUUCCGAUUCCGGAGAAAUUUUCAUUCGAAAAAGAAGAUUGGCAAGUGUGGAUUACACAUUAUGAACGUUUUAGAACAGCAACAAAACUAGACAAAAGCACACAAGCAGAGCAAAUUAAUAGUUUAUUGUUGCAUAUGGGGGCGAAAGUUACAAAGUUUAUGGAGGCUAAGCAGAAACAGGAAACCGAUUUUCCUAGUUACAAAGCGCUGAAAGAAUUCUUUGAUAACGAGUUCAAAGACACUCCUAAUACAAUCUACGCACGAGCUAAGUUUAACAGACGUGACCAAAGGGAAGGUGAGGACGCCCAAACGUACAUCGCUGACGUCAUAAGCUUGGCCAAAACAUGCAAUUACAGAGAUUUGGAGGAGGAACUCAUAAGAGAUCGAUUAGUUGUUGGAAUUCGUGAUGAAAAAUUGUCGGAAAAUCUACAAAUGAAUGACAAAUUGACACUUAAAACAGCAAUUGACAAAAUAACUCAAGUGGAGAGGAUUAGAACCGAAAACAGAGAACUAAGAGUGAGAGAGGAAACGGUAAACAGAGUAGCUAGAGACAAAGCCAAGAAAUUUAACCAUAAAUCCGUGAAAUAUGAAGGAAAACAGCGCAGGAGCAAAGAUGGAAAGCAACAAAGUGAACAUAAAUUUAAAGGUUGUAUAAGGUGUGGAAAUUCGAACACACACAACAGGAUGGAAUGCCCAGCCAAUGGACAAACGUGCCAUAAAUGUAACUUUAAAGGCCAUUUUGCAUCCAGAUGUAAAACAAAGAACGUAAACGCAGUGGAAUCUGAAACCUCAAUAUCAGAUGAUACUGAUGAUAGCUAUGAUUCGAGCUAUGAUUGUAGGGAGAUUAUCAAUAUUAAUCGAGUAAAGUUGGACAAACCUUGGGAAGCGGUAGCGGAAAUUUUUAAUACAAACAUUGUAUUCAAAAUAGAUACCGGAGCCGAUGAAACCAUAAUAUCUAGCAAAGAAUUCAAAGAUAAACUUCAGGGGAAAGUAAAGUUACAAAGAACAAAAACAACACUGUUGGGACCCGGAAAAGGAAACCAGAGAAAAUUGGAAAUAAAGGGAGAGAUAGUAGUUCCUCUUAAAUGGGAAAAUAAGAUAGAAAAUGUUAGAUGUUUCGUCGUUGAUACACCAGAUAACUUACUGGGAAGACCAGCCUUACAAAAACUAGACAUGAUCAAAUGGACUGGCAAAGAACUCGUUGCGAGUGACAGUGUUAUUAGACAUGUAACUAGCAGAAAAGCUGAUGAAAAAUUCCAACAUAAGAUGAUGGUGAAAUAUCCAGAGGUGUUCAAAGGCUUGGGAACUCUUAAGAAUUUUGAGUACACAAUUGAAGUAAAAUCAGACGCACAACCUUGGACCUUAAACACGCCUAGAAGAAUUCCACUCCCCAUGAUGGAUGUAGUAAAAAAGGAGCUGGACAAGAUGAUUCGCGAAGACGUUAUAGAAGCCAUUAAUGAACCUACUGAGUGGUGUGCACCUAUGGUUAUUGCAGCGAAAAAGAACGGAAAAAUUCGCGUGUGUUCAGACUACACCGAGCUAAACAAGUGCGUUAAUCGCGAACUGUACCAAUUACCGUCGGUCGAUGAGACAAUUUCGAAACUGAAAGACGCGAAGUGGUUUACCAAGUUAGACUUUUCCAGUGGCUUUUGGCAGCUUAAACUUUCACCGCAAUCGCGCAAAUAUACCUGUUUUCUCACACCAUUUGGCAGGUAUGUCUACAAACGCAUUCCAUUUGGGAUCACCUCAGCACCAGAAGUUUUCCAAAAAACCAUCAGCGGCGUAAUCGGCAAAUUAAAAAUGGAACACGUCCAUGUUCAUGCUGAUGACAUCCUCAUCACAGGCCGCAACGAAGCUGACCAUGACACAAACGUGAACAAAGUGUUAACACUCUUAUCGGAUCACGGCUUGACUUUAAACAAAUCCAAAUGUGAAUUUAAAACGAACAAGACCUUAUAUUUAGGAUACUUAAUAUCCGAAAAUGGUGUUCAAGCCGAUCCCAAAAGCGUUGAAGCCAUUAAUAAUUAUCCCGCGCCAUCGUCGGUAACCGAAGUUAGAACUUUCCUCGGCAUGGUUAACUAUGUCUCAAAAUUUAUCGUUAAUACUUCGAAAAAAACCCAAUCAUUACGUGAACUACUGCACAAGGAUAAACAGUUUGUAUGGACAGAUAAACAUCAAGCGGAUUUUGAAAAACUUAAAAGUGAAAUCGCAUCAUCGCGCGUGUUAGCCAAGUUUAGCACGGACAAAAAAUCGCGAGUGUCGGCAGACGCAUCGUCUUUUGGUUUAGGUGCCGUUUUAGAACAGUUACAAAGUGACGGAAAUUGGAAACCUACUUAUUUUUGUUCGCGUACCCUCGAACCAUGCGAGCAAGCCUAUGCUCAAAUUGAAAAGGAAGCUCUCGCCAUUACAUGGGCGUGUGAAAGACUCGAAAAUUUCUUACUGGGCGCUCAUUUUGAAAUUCAUACCGACCAUAAACCGUUAACAGUAAUUUUGGCCACCAAAGAGCUCAACAAACUAUCCAACAGGCUACAAAGAUUUCGCAUGCGGUUAUUGAAAUUUAACUAUACUAUAGAAUACGUUCCAGGUAAAACGUUUUUCGUUCCCGAUGCAUUAUCCAGAGCACCAAUCCAAGGCAGAAUUCGACACCAAGACCCACUUCUAGAAGACAUUCAAAAUCUCUACAUCAAUUUCGUGAUGCGUGAGGUCGUUACAGAAAUUUGUUCAACGGAAGAAAUCAAGUCUUACCAAAACAAGGACCCAACGUACAGCAAACUCAAAGAAUACGUCAAAAAUGGUUGGCCACAGAAACACAAAAGCGACCCGUUAGUCAGUAAAUUCUUCUCUCAUCAACAAGACUUAAGCAUCGCUCAUGACAUUGUUUGCUACAAAGACCGAGUCGUCAUUCCUGGUCCUCUUCAGAAGAAGUGCCUCUAUGUGCUCCAUGACGGACACUUCGGUAUUAAUAAAUGUUUGGACCGGGCCAAAGCUACUGUGUGGUGGCCAGGUAUCACAAGAGAGCUUAAAGAAGUCGUCGGGAAAUGUGAAAUUUGCAUCAAACUACGCAGACCAACGGUAGAUCCCAUGUUACCAUCCGAAGUUCCAUCUAGACCGUGGCAAACAAUUGGUGCCGACCUCGCAGAAUAUCAUGAGUCAACUUACUUAGUGGUACAGGACUAUUAUUCCAAGUAUCCUGAAAUCAGAAAACUUCGCACCACCAAAGCCAAAGUUGUUAUCGAGACCUUCAAAGAAAUGUUUGCUAGACAUGGUAUACCCGAAGUUGUCCGCUCCGACAAUGGCAAACAAUUUGAUUGUCACGAAUACAGAACUUUCAGCAGAAAAUAUGGAUUUAAGUUAAUUACCAGUAGUCCCCAUUACCAACAGUCAAAUGGACAAGCCGAAAGUGCUGUGAAGCUGCUCAAAACGAUAUUGAGGAAAAAUGAAGAUCCAUAUCUUGCACUUCUUACCUACCGCAAUACACCUACUAAAUGUGGAUUGUCACCUGCCCAACUGCUCUUUGGCAGAAACCUUCGAGACAGACUGCCAAGGUUACCUUCAGGGUUAAAACCUGCAACUAUCGACCAUGACACUGUCAGACAAACGUUAAUCAACAAUCAAGCAGAACAGAAGUCCAACUACGACAAACGACACCGAGUAACAAAAGAAGAGAAAAAUCUAAAAGAAGGUGAUCGCGUAUGGAUCAUAAAUAUGCAAAAGGAGGGAGAAGUACAACGCAGAUGUGAAGAACCAAGGUCAUAUUUGAUCGAGACUGACGGCGGUUGCGUCAGACGAAAUCGAAGACAUCUUCAGCCCUUACCAGACAGAAAUAAUGAACCCGAACAUGACCCAGAACAACCAGACGAAUCAGAGGAACCAAAGAAAAGACCAAUCAGAAGACCCAAAAGAUACCAAGAUUAUUAUUGUUAUUGA